ACUGGGUAAUGUAGUCCUUUGUUGUCCGGGCAGGGGAUGGCGGAGGCGGGGCUAGGGGCGGACUCUUCGUCCUCGUUCGCGUCAGUCCAGAGCACGGGGCGGGGCUGGAGGACUGGGAGCCCCGGCACGUCCUGCCCCACCGGAAGUGAAGGUGCGGGUCCGACGGUGGGCUCUGAGAGGCCCCUGCCCGGAUGGCCGCAGUAGUUCUAGGGGGAGACACCAUGGGCCCUGAGCGUAUCUUCCCCAAUCAGACUGAAGAACUGGGGCCACAUCAGGGCCCUACAGAAGGCACUGGGGAUUGGAGCAGUGAGGAGCCUGAAGAAGAGCAGGAGGAAACAGGGGCAGACCCGGCUGGCUACUCCUACCAGCCCCUAAACCAAGAUCCUGAACAAGAGGAGGUGGAGCUCGCACCAGUGGGGGAUGGAGAAGAUGUAGUUGCUGACAUCCAGGAUCGGAUCCAGGCCCUGGGGCUUCAUUUGCCAGACCCACCAUUAGAGAGUGAGGAUGAAGAUGAGGAGGGAGCUACUGCAUUGAGCAGCCACAGUUCUAUUCCCAUGGACCCAGAACAUGUAGAGCUGGUGAAAAGAACAAUGGCUGGAGUAAGCCUUCCUGCACCAGGAGUUCCUGCCUGGGCUCGGGAGAUAUCAGAUGCCCAGUGGGAAGAUGUGGUACAGAAAGCCCUUCAAGCCCGGCAGGCAUCUCCUGCUUGGAAGUGACCAUAGUAAGAACUGCCUCAUCUUUCUACAUUCCAGGCCAGAACUAGCACAGGACUGAAUACAUCCUCUGGUUGUAAUAUCUUACCCAUCACCCUUUCACAUCAAGGCAAAUCAGACUUCUGCUCAGAGACCCACUUUAUUCAGUUCUGUACAUAUGGGGACAUUGGCCCAAGCCCAACCCACCUUAACAUGUAUCAUUCUGUGGAGAAUAAAGCACCCUAUGUACACAGCCAAAAGCCA